GCGUGCGUGCGUGCGCGCGCGCUGCCUCCUUCUCGCGCCAGUGGAGGGCACAGUUACCUCGCGCUUCGAAUGGCGUCAGCGGUCUCCAGGCAACAGGCCAGUAGUCAGUCAGUCAGUCAGUCAGAUUUCUCAAUCAGAGUGGAGAGAGGCGGCAGCGGCGUCGGUCAUGGCCCUCUCAAGGAUCCGGUGCACAUUUUUCUGGUUUACCGUGAACGGCAUGUGAACACACCUCUGUGUUGUGUUGAAGAACAGAACCGGACCCUGUGGUACCGACCGAACUGGACGCAUUCACGCGAACGCGACGCGUCUCACGAUUUCUCUGAGGGAAUUUUUACGCGACGCCGAUUUCAUUGUACUAUUUGUAUUUUUUUUUUUUUUUUUUUUUAGCUUUCCAUGUCACCUUUGAAAUAUUUUAAACAUGGUUUAGACUUCAUUCAUGAAUUAUUCGGUUUUAAUGGACAAUUACUUUCCCGCCACCAAACUGUGGAGAAAAUUUGAUUGACUUUGAACUUCAUCACACGACGACUUUCCCUCAGAAAAAAUGCUGAAAUUUCAUAAUUCUGAUCUAUGGAUUGCUUGGCUGGUCUUCUUUUGUGUGAAUGUGUGUGUGCAUGCGCUGGAAGUGACGGUGAGCCAGAGCAGCGUCCAGGUGGCCAGAGGUCAGGCGGCCGUCUUGCCCUGUACGUUCUCCACCAGCGCCGCCCUCAAUAAUCUCUACAUCAUAUGGAUGGUCACGCCGCUGGCCAACGCCAACCAGCCAGAGCAGGUGAUCAUCUAUCAGGGAGGGCAGGUCUUCAGUUUAGCCAAUCACAUGAACGGGCGUGUGGGUUUCGUGGCCACUAUGCCCAGCACAAGUGCCUCAAUCUUCAUCAAUAACACACAGCUGUCUGACACGGGGACGUACCAGUGCCUGGUCAACAACCUCCCAGACCGCGGGGGGCGCAAUAUAGGAGUCAUCGGCCUCACUGUGCUGGUUCCUCCGUCCAUCCCGUCCUGUCGUAUUCAGGGAUCUCUGGACGUGGGCAGUGAUGUGAUGCUGUUGUGCGGUUCGGACGAGGGCAUCCCCACGCCCACCUACGCCUGGGAAAAGCUGGAGUCGGUGCCCAAACUGCCCCACAAUGCCAUGCAAGAUCAGAUGCAGGGUACGGUCACGCUGAGAAACAUCAGCACCAGCACAUCUGGACUGUAUCAGUGUACGGCGUCGAACGCCAUCGGAAAGAGCACCUGCGUCCUCAACCUGCAGGUCGUGGCACCGCAGCCUCAGAACAUCGGCCUGAUCGCAGGAACCAUCGUCACUGGUAUUCUAGCGCUGGUCAUCUGCUCUUUACUGGUGCUGGUCACGCUCUUCUACUGGAGAAACAAGAACAAGUACGAGGAGGAGGAGAUUCCCAACGAGAUCAGGGAGGACGAUCUCCCCCCGAAGAGAUCUUCAUCAGUCAAAGCGUUCCAGGCCGACGCCUCAUCCUCAGAGAAUGACACGCUGACGUCCACCAACACCUACAACAGCCGCUACUGGCACAAUCCCAAACCCAACUACGACACCAACUCCUACACGCGCUACAACGGCGACACGCGGCAGACCUUCACCGGUGGCUCUAACGCUGCAGGAAACGCCCCGUCGCGACCCGCCUACGCCAACGGCAGCCACACCCUGCCACCGCCCAAGACUCUGGUGGUCACCACCAACUCUGCCCCCUCGCCGCCCGUCAUGACCCGCAGCAACGGCUCACUGAGCCUGCGCCCGACCGUCACGACGACACCGGCGGUGACGCACGGACAGCAACACACGCACUCGUACGCCGUCAGCCAAGCCACACUCGAGCGCAUGGGCGCCGUCCCCGUCAUGGUGCCGGCGCAGAGCAGAGCCGGGUCGCUCGUCUGACGGAAACAUGCGCAUGGACAAAAUAAAAACUGUUUUAUAACCGAGUUCAGCUGAUGCCAACUAAAACUGCUCCGUUAACAUCCCCCACGCCCUUGUUUUUGAUAUUGCCUGGUUGCUUGUUAGUUUGUUUGUUCUUUUUUUUUAAGUCGUGAUGAUAAACUGGCUUCGCUGCAGGCAGAAAAAGGGCCCUUGAGCAACAAAUACACUCAAAAUCACGUGAUCUACUGUAUUUCUCAAACCCAAGAGAAAAUAUCUGAAUGUGCAUGAUGCUUAGUUUGAUUAGAUCAAUACGGCUGUUUUGUACUACAGUUUUAUUGCUUUUUAACACUGGAAUCACAAAGGAAUAUAUGGAAGCUUGUUUCCGCCACAGAAUAAAUAAAAGGUAAUCACAGCUAUUAUAUCACAAUUUAGACUUUCUUCUCACAAUUGCGAGUUUUGUUGCAUUCACGCCAUGUCGUAAUUACUGUUAUGAGAUGACAACACGUGACAUUCUACUCGGAGCUGCUCAAGUCCUUGAACUCGGAAUUAUGCGUUUCAGUAGCAACAAUCUCAACGCCAAAAUGAAUCUGCAGCGUUCAGGUGGUACAUCGGUCAUAUGGUGCAAGUCGGAGUUUACGAGUUGUAAUCUCGUAAUUACGGUAAUUCUCACAUGCUGUGAACGCACCUUUUAAAUCUUCAAUUAAAAAAGCAAUUCUGACUUUUUUCUUGGAAUUCUAAGUUUACAACUCGUAAUUCUGACUUUUCCCAGAAUUCAGAUUUUGCAUCUCACAAUUCCAAUUUUUUUGUUUCCGCCAUGAAAUUAUAAAAGUAAUUGUGACAUUUUAUCUCGCAAUUCUGACAUUUUUCUCAACAUUAUAAGUUUACAUCUCGGAAUUCUGACUUUUUCCUCGGAAUUCUGAGUUUGCAUCUCGCAAUUCUCACUUUUCUCAGAAAUCUGAGUUUAUAUCUCGUAAUUCUGACUUUUUUUGCGGAAUUCUGACUUUACAACUCGCAAUUUUGACUUUUCUCGGAAUCCAGAGUUUGCAUCUCGCAAUUCCAACUUUUUUGUUUCCACCACGAAAUUAUAAAAGUAAUUGUGACAUUUUAUCUCGAAAUUCUGACAUUUUUCUCCACAUUACAAGUUUACAUCUCGGAAUUCUGACUUUUUUCUCUGAAUUCUGAGUUUGCAUCCCACAAUUCUGACUUUUUGCUCGGAAUUCUGAGUUUGCAUCCCACAAUUCUGACUUUUUGCUCGGAAUUCUAAGUUUACAUCUCGCAAUUCUGACUUCUCGUAAUUCUGAGUUUGCAUCUCACAAUUUUGACUUAUUCUCGAAAUUCUGAGUUUGCAUCUCGCAAUUCUGACUUUUUUCUCUGAAUUCUGAGUUUGUAUUUCGCAAUUCUGACUUUUUUUGUUUCCACCACGGAAAGAAAAAUUCUAAAGGUAAUUGUGACUUUCUAUUUCACAAUUCUAACUUUUUUCUCACAGUUGCGAGUUUAUAUCUCACAGUUGCGAGUUAUAAACUCGUAAUUGUGAGUUUACGUCUUUUUUUUCCCAAAACAAUAGAAUUGCAAGAUAUAAACUCAGAAUUGUGAGAUGUUAACUUUUUUCUCUGAAUUCUGAGUUUACCCACAAUCUCACAACUGUUUCCACGAUGGAAUAAUAAAUUAAAAAGGGGUAAUUACUUUAUAUCUCACAAUUCUGACUUUUUUUUAAGAAUUGCGACAUAUAAACUCGCAACAAAUAGUCAGAAUUUUUUUCUUUUCCCCGUAGCAGAAAUAAGCUUCCAUAGAAAUAAGUGUGUGAUUUAAUGUGAGAAUGAUCCAUUUUCUCCAAUCAGAUCCGGCCUCAGUACCUUCGAUUUCGGACGAGAGGUUUGACAGUAUUACUGCUGCAGGACAGACGAGUUGUGUGUCGUCCUCAUGUGCGUUUGGUUUCGUUUGAAAGAAAAGUCUUACAUUGAUCUGUCUUAACAAUCCUAAUCCGACACUACUGACUAGAGCCGUAGUCUACCUCUAAAACAGAUAGAGUCUAAUCAAUAGUGUAGCUCUCAUGAUGACGUACUAAAACAGAACUACAGGAAAUCCACUUCAAUCGGGUGCUGCUUUCAAACAGGUAGAUGCAUAUUGUCCUGUGUGUUAUGAAGGACUACUGAGAGGAUAUUAACACAUUCACUGUUUAUUUUGUUCAUUUGUUGCUUUGUCUGGUUGUUUUUUUAAAUACUGUAAAUAAUGUAACUACUUGUAGAAUAGAAUGUGAAUUAAAACAUUCUUUUGCCCAAA